AUGGCGCCCAUCCCUACCAUCCUCCUCCUAGGAACCUGCGAUACCAAACUCCCCGAACUAGAGUACACUUCCACCCGCCUGCAAGCCCACAACUGUGCCGUCCUCCUCCUCGACGUCGGCCGCAAGCACACCUCCGCCCCCUCCAUCGCAAUCACCCACUCCGACCUCCUCGCCCAGUCCCACCCGUCCAGGACCGGCCAGCCCGAUAUCUCCGCCCUGCCGCGCGCAGAAUACAUCGCUGCCCUGACGCCCCUCGCCGUCUCACGCACCCGGGCCCUGCACGAGGCCGGGCGCAUCCACGGGGCGCUCGGGAUGGGGGGGCUCGUGCGGGACGGCCGUUGCGGCGGCGGUGAUGCGGGAGGCGCUGCCGGUGGGGUUUCCCAAAAUGCUCGUGUCGACGAUGGCGUCGGGGGAUUGUUGGGGAAUGCGGCGGCGGCGGUGGCGGGGAUGGCGGGGAGCUAUCUGGAUUCGGUGGAGAGGGAAGGGGAGAAGGGGGAGGAGCCGGUGAAGGUGGGCAUUUCUAUGUUUGGUGUUACGACGCCGGCGGUCGGGGCUGCGAGUGAGCGGCUGAAGGAGCGUAUCCCGGGGGUGGAGAUCUACACGUUCCAUGCGACGGGGUCGGGGGGCCGGGCAAUGGAGAGACUGAUCAUGGAGGAGCAACUGGACGCGGUGCUGGAUUUGACGACGACGGAGAUCGCAGAUCAGGUGGUGGGUGGUGUGUUGAGUGCUGGGGAGACGAGAUUGCUCGCGGCGACCAAGAAGGACAUUCCGAGGGUGCGUACCGGCGGGGUUUACGGAGAAGGGGGACGGGGCGAGGGUAUUCCAUCAUCACAAUCCUACGGUGACGCUGAUGAGGACUACGAAAGAGGAGGCGAGGAAUAUUGGAAAGUUGAUGGCGAAGAAUCUGUUGGGCGAGGAGGGAAGAGCGCGGCCUCGAACACGAGACUGCUUUUGCCUACUGGAGGGGUAAGCAUGUUGGACGUUCCAGGGCAGCCGUUCUGGAACCCGGAAGUCGAUGAAGUGCUGUUUUCGACGCUGGAAGAAGAGCUCAAGGGCAGCCAGAUCACGGUGGAGCGAGAUUCGCGGGAGAUCAACGACCCUGGAUUUGCCCAUGCAGCAGCAGAUCUCCUGUAUAGUCUCAUUAGACUGUAA